AUGGCGCCGCGCGAGGGCGCCGUCGAGGACUGCCGCUGCGACUUCGAGACGGCCGACGACGCGACGAGCGAAUUCUUCGGCCCGCUCCUGCGCGACCUCACGCGGCGGUCGUUCUUCCGCUACUUCAAGGUCGCCCUGGACCGGCCCUGCCCCUACUGGCCCGACGACGGCAUGUGCGCGCGGCGCGAGUGCGCCGUCGAGAGCUGCGCGGACGACGAGGUGCCCGCGCCGUGGCUCGAGGAGGAGCGGAACCGGUCCGAGUGGCGCGGCAGAGGCGGCGGCGACGCCUUACCGGGCUUCCUCUGCGAGGCCGUCGACGCGGGCCCCGACGCGGCCGUGGACCGGUCCUUCGCGGCGACCGUCGACUGGUCCGAGAGCGGCGGCGACGAGGUCUGGAUCGACCAGCCCGACGACGAAAGUGGCAUGAUCUACGUCGAUCUCAAGGCGAACCCGGAGGGCCACACGGGCUACGACGGCGAGCCGGCGCGGCGCAUCUGGCGCGCCAUCUACGAGGAGAACUGCUUCGACCUCGACGAGGCGCCGUCGCCCAAGGAGCAGCUCGGCCAGUGCCUCGAGCGCCGCGUGUUCUACAAGCUCGUGUCGGGCCUCCAGGCGUCGAUCUCGACGCACAUCGCGACGUCGGACUUUGGGUUCUGGGACGUCUCGUCGCCCUUCGUCAACGACGCCCUUUUCGUGGACCGCGUCGGCGGCCACCGGGACCGCCUCGACAACCUCUACUUCGCGUACUUGUUCGUGCUCCGGGCGGUGACGCGGGCCGGCGCGGAGCUCGUCGACUACGACUACGCGACGGGCGACGCGGCCGACGACGCUAUGACCGCGGCGCUCGUGCGGCGGCUCACGCUCCUGUUCGCGGCGCCCGAGGACGCGCGCAUGUCGCCGCUGGAGCGCGCGCUCGCGCGCGAGCACGUCGACGAGCUCCGGGGCCAGUUCCUGUCGCGCUUCCGCAACGUGUCGCAGAUCAUGGACUGCGUGACCUGCGAGCGGUGCCGGCUCUGGGGGAAGCUGCAGAUCCUGGGCCUCGGCACGGCGCUCAAGAUCCUGCUCGCGGACGGCGACGCCUUCGGGCUCGGCGUGCUCCAGCGCAACGAGGUCGUCGCGCUCGUGAACACGCUCGCGCAGCUCGCCAAGUCCGUCGACUCGAUCCGCGCGUGGCAGAAGCGCGACGUCCGCCGCGCGACGGCGAAGAUGGCCGCGCUCGCCGGCCUCGGGCUUGUCGUCUCCGCGGUGUUCGCGCGGCUCGCCUGGCGCCGCGCGCGGCCGAAGGCGGACUAA